AUGGCCAAACAUGAUCGACCAACCGGUCCGGAGGAUCGUGCCGAUCUCGAAAUCCUGAACGUCUUCAAUAGCGAGGUCAAUUGCGCUAUCCAAAAAGAUCGCAACAAAUCAUGCGCGCCCGGAACAGGUGAUUGGUUCUUUCAUCACCCUCUGUAUGAGGGAAUGCGGAAAGCGCGUGGCUCGCGAUUGUUGUUCGUGACGGCUGAAGCCGGAGGGGGGAAGUCGACCGUCAUGAAAACUCUUGUCGACCGCCUACUCGAGCGCAGUGAGCCUGUGCUUGCUGCCUAUUUCUUCUUCAAGGAUGACGCAGAUGAUCUGCGUAGCUAUGGGAAGGCUUUCAGCAGCUUGAUAUAUCAACUUUUUGUCCAAGAAAAGAAACUCGUCGAGUACGCUAGGGAGGUGCACCAGAGAUAUGGAGAUGGCUUGAAGAAUGAUACCAAAGCGAUGUUGGAGUUGUUGUCGGUCUUAUCCCAAAAGGCCGAGAAGGACAUUUUUUGUGUCCUUGACGCAGUGGAUGAAUGCGAAGCCGUCGGCAGAAAUCAAUUGCUAGCUAAUUUGAAAUCCCUAUUUUCUACUGUUGAUAAUUCGGCGUCGAAGCUCAAAAUUGUUGUCUCCUCGAGGCCAUACCAAGACGAGAACCACCCAUAUGAAGAUCUACUUGCAACAGCAUCUCACAUGAUCGGGCACCUGGCUGGAGAAAACGCCAAGAUUCAAUCAGAGAUCUUCAAAGUCAUCCAGUUCAAGGCGCAAAAGCUGGCUAAGGAGCGAGAGCUGGACAACGCGACUCAGACCAUGAUGGUAGAAAAGCUUUUUGCACAAAAUCGACACACGAGAUCAUUUUUGGCGGUACAGAUGGCCUUUGAACUUCUGGAUUCUCAUCAUAGAAUGCACAAGGGAGCUGGAGAACGUACAGUCAGCACAAUUUUAUCCGAAAUUCCGCAAUCGCUGGGAAGCAGAUUCGAAGCGCUGCUUGACAGAAGCGCCAACAAGGAACAUACAUGGAGGUUACUCUGUGUCAUUCUUGCCGCUCGAAAGACCCUCAAAAUUGACGAAUUCAAGGUUAUCUAUGCCAUAACUGAGCCGAGGGACUCCUCUGUCAGUAAAGCGCAAUCUUAUGAUGAUUUGGAGCUGCCCUCCGAUGACGACGAGUUCAAGCAGCUCGUACGAUCAAGAUGCGGAUUAUUCAUAACUUUCGUCAGAAAUUCCGUCCAUUUGUUUCACCAGACUGCCCGAGAGUACUUGAUCGAACGCAUGGAUCAGUCACCAGAAUAUGCGUCACCUCUAUUUUUGCAAGCGGCAUCUGGGUUGUCCCCGAGUGAUAAAUCUCCGUGGAAAGGUUCCAUUUCACUUUCAGAUGCAAAUAAAGUCUGUGCCUCAGUGUGCUUGGAUAUACUCAGCUUUGGGGUGCCGAAGAAAUUACCCUUUGAAAUAUUUGAUAACAUGGAAGCUGGAAACAAAAUUGAAGAGGAUUUCCAAGACAGCUGCAAAGAAGGUUUUAUGGGUUUCGUUUCCGCCCGUCCAUUUUUCACUUACGCGGCUUGCAACUGGCAUGAACACGUUUCACUCGCUGGAGACUCUGGCUUUCAAUUGCUUAAGAAAGAAUCAUACAUUGACCUUUUUGAUAUUAGCAAUCCAAAAUUCUGGGCUUGGUUCCUCACGGUGGCAGAUUGCGUUUGCUCACGCACCGUAAAAAAGAGGCCACCGGUCUCACAGAUCUGGUCAAAAGACAACGCCGAGGUUCCAAAGGAGCUUGGAGAGUUUUUGAGGGGGAAUUGUCUGAACAAGAUCUUGCCGAUGGAUGAAAAACUGAGAGCCUUGCUCGAUGUAUCAGGGCGGUUUGUACAAGGCCAAGCCGCUCACCAAGACCAAAUCACAUGGAAGGCAUCUGAUGGCUUUCAUUUCAUUGACAGGUUCCACCUGGCCAAUGGAGACUACGAACACACCAGCUCAGCGAGAGCAGUUCGGGCUUUUGAGAAUGGUGAUGCGGAACGAGCCUCCGUGCUCUUAGCCAAAGUCCCCCAUCACACAUUGAUUUGGGCCGCCAUCACCACUGGCGCGCCAUCGGCUCUUAGAGGAGCACUUGCCAGUUCCAAGGAUCUCUCAUGGCUCCAGAUUGUACCUGACCAUAUCCUUUACAAGCGGAAGAAAACCGGGGGCUGGUCCAGUUGGAACGGAAAAGACCUGAGAAAGUCACGAGAGGGCGGAUGGAAAGGGCAUUGCCCUCCUAGCUUUGUCGUCAUGUUGAGAGUCAGCAUGCUGGAUGCCAGUAUCCCGAUUUUUGAGGCUCUAGCGGACUGGAUAGACCGGCAGGCAGAGAAACAGCUCUAUGCCCAGCAGUUGUGGCAGGCUGGAGGGUUCAUCAUUCCAACACUCUCUCCCCGACUGGUAGCAUCAGGAGCCUCGAUAGACUCUGAUGUGUGGGAAGAUGACACAACUGGCCUCCACGUCGCAUGCUCUUUCUGGAUGCAUGAUGCCAUCCAAAGCUUGGUGCAGAAUGGUGCAGAUCCUACAAGGCUUACCUCCAAGGGCUACAACGCGCUUCACUGUUUCUUCCAGCAUACAAAGAUCCCACGGGAGACCUAUGAGUCAAACAUUGAAAAAGAACAAGAGACUUACUUCUUCAAUAAGGCUCGAAUCAAUAAGUCAAUCGAUGCCAUCACUACAGGCAAUUUCAGCAAAGAAUCGCUCCUCAGCCGGCAGUGUCAUCAGGGCUUCACACCUCUUAUGUGCGGAGUGCGAUCGACGAGAUCAUCUGCUACAGCGAUAAAGCGCAUCCUGGACCACGGUGCGGUUCCUGACCAACAAGAUGAGAAAGGCCGCACUGCGCUCAUGUACUUCUUUUUCGAUGGUGACGAAUUUGUGGACAAGGACACUUCUAUUCUGAAGCAUCUCCUACAUGCUGGCGCAAGUUCUCUUACCAUGGACACGUCAGGAAACUCCGCACUGAGCUAUUGGGCGAUUACCACUGCUUCGGUGAAUCUGGAUUACCUUUCCGCCGGGUUCAAUACUUACAACAAGAGUUUUCAUGCCCUUGCAAACUACGGAUCGCUGUCAUUCCAAGAUCUUGCGGCAGAGCUGAAUAGGAUGAAAGUUCCGCUUGUUAUUGCUUCCCGGCUCGGCAACGCGCAGCUAUGUUCAGCUCUGCUAGCUGGAGGAGCAGAUCCAAACCAAAAAGGUGACGUAUAUGCUUCUUUCUUCCGUGGCCGCAGGGGAAAUAACCCUGAUGAAGAGCCUGAAGAAAAUGAGAGUACCGUGGAAUGGAACCCGCUGCUGACCGCACUGCAAUGUCGGGCGUAUAGGACUGCUGCGACGCUCAUCGAAUACGGCGCUGACAUCAAUUUCGAGCUGCGGAAACGCAGGAGACGCAGACACAAUCGUGACAACUUCGUACAGGGCGGGGGCACACCUCUUCAUCUUGCAAUUGCCACCAGAGACAAGGAUUGGGUUGGUACUCGCAACCGACUGAACCUCUCCCACUCCGGCGGUGACAAUAAUGCCUGUUUUUUUCGUGGAGGAGUGAGCCAUGAGAAGGAUCAAGCUUUGAAGGAUCUUGUUCUCUUGCAAAUGCAGCACUAUAAGGAUCCUCGUGACCAGGAUGAGGAAGAUUCAGAUACUGAAUGCGAGAUAAGACGACAGGUGUACGCAAAUGACAAUCGAGGUGUCAAUCUAUUGCCAUACGAUCGGAAACAGGAAGUUUUGAGCGUCCCUAGUAAUCAAUGUCUUGCUGAAAUCAUAACUGGGACUUCCUCAUUAGAGCAACAACAAGAGGCUCUGGUGAGAUAUAUGCUCUCGAAAGGCGCUUCAAGCAACGCAUGUACGGUAGGAAGAAUGAGUCUUCUUAUGCUUGCAGUGAAAGAAAAUCUCUUGAACAUUGUGGGGAUCCUCUUGGAAUACGGCGCGGAUCCGAAUGUUGCAGAAGUUGGAGGUGCUACUCCUUUGAUGGUAGCCGCGCUGCAAAAUGAACCUGCCACUAUUGAACGGCUAUUAAGAUCAGGUGCUAAUCCAAAUGCGCAGCUGGACGUCAAGAAUCCCGACAAAUGCAAAUGCAAAGCCUUUAUACAUUGGGGUAGUUGGAGUCAUGGAACCUGCGAUGCACCGUAUACUGCAUUAGCACUGGCUGUGGCGUGGGAAUACAAAGAGGUUAUCGAGAUUCUGCUCAAGCACGGCGCCGAUCCAAAUCUGAAGAUUACGCAUCACGCCCAUGGAAGAGUGCCGUCGAAGCAGGACAUGCAGCGGAGGAAAGGCUCGUCGUGCUCGUCUGAUGAUGAGUCGGACCCAGAACCAGAGGAGUGGAAAGGUUGUAUUUGCAUCGGUACUGCCCUAACAUGGGCCAAGGCAGAGAUACGCGAUAUGCUUCUGUGUCAUGGUGCUAGUUCGGUGGAGGAAGAUGUCACAAGAGAAUGCGACUGCAUCAUCGAGCCCCAGCCCGAGCGUCGCCCUUGGGUCUUUUCAGAUGAUGAUGAAAUCGAAGAAGACUAG